AUGCCGAAGCGUAAAUUUAAGUCGCACAUUUCAACGAGAUAUCGCCGUAAAUUGAUUCGAGAAGAGAGUGAUACAUUAUGUUCAUUAAUCUUUAAUGAAGAGUGUACAAUCAAUUCUCAAGUAAUUUUAUCUAAUUCCGCUUCAGAAAGUAACCAUGACGAUCUUGUACAUGUCAAUCCAAAUAACGCUUCUGCAAUUGUACAAGAGAUAAUAAAUUCUUCAUUUUCCGAGCAAUCGAAUAUCUCCGAACCUUGUGAUGUUUCUUUAAACAACGUAUCUUUACAUGAAGCGUUUAUAGGAGAGGAGAAUACUUCAGAAAAAGAAGAUGAUGAUUUUAAGGCUUUUUUAGUACAAUGGGCGAUCACACAUCACAUUUCGCAUGCAGCUCUGUCGCAUUUAUUGUCCGGUUUAAGAAAGGCACAUCCAAUUUUUCAAAAUUUGCCAAAAUGUGUAAAGACAUUAUUACGUACACCACGGUCUUCUGUUAUUACUGAUAUACUUCCUGGACAAUAUUAUCAUUGUGGUACUCAAUAUGGUAUUCUCCAAUUUUUAUCUCAAAGCAAGAAUAACAAAGUUUCUUCUCCUAUUCAGAUUCAAAUCGGUAUUGAUGGUCUGCCAAUAUCUCAAUCCAACUCGAAUCAAUUGUGGCCCAUUUUAGGUCGAAUAAUUCCAUAUCAAAAAGUGUUUCUAAUUGGUUGCGAUUUUGGUAAAGCUAAACCAGCGAAUGCGAAUGAAUUUUUACAAUCGUUUGUAAACGAUAUGAAUAUUUUGAUUAAUGAGGAUAUAACUUACAACGAGACAACAUAUUCAGUGUCAAUACACUCUAUUAUCUGUGAUGCUCCCGCUAAAUCUUUCAUUACAUUAACUAAAGGACAUACUGGCUAUUUUAGCUGUUCAAAAUGUACAACUGAAGGUAAUUUUAUUGAUAAUAGAAUUUGUUUUCCUGAUUUUGAUGGACAAAAUCGAACAGAUGCUAGCUUUCGUAAUUAAACUCAAGAGGAAUAUCAUCUUGGUCGUUCUAUCUUACUAGAUAUUCAAAAUUUUAACAUUAUAUCUCAAAUUCCGUUAGAUUACAUGCAUAUGAUAUGCAUUGGUAUUGUUAAAAAAUUAAUAAAACUAUGGAUAAGUGGUCCUCCUCAAACUAGAUGUUUAACGCAAAAAAUAAAAAACAUUUCCAAAUCUCUUCUCAAUAUCAGACAUUUUAUAUAUGAUUUUAUUUUGUUUUUAAACAACGGGAAUACAAAUAUUGGUAUCGUUAAUCUGUGCGUUAACAUUAUGCAAUAGACAUAUUGUUUUAAACCGAGCCUUGGAGAGUGACUAUAUCGAUAUAUGAGAAAACAAUUCAAGAGAUAUAGUCACGCUUCGCCUCCAGGACGCGCGACCUGCUUAAUAUUUACUUAUAAUUAAAAUGCUAUAAAAAUAUAUCUCGUGUGUAAGUCUAAGUAAGUAUAAGUUAGGCGCUAUGUCGGGGAAGAUGACUAAGCGUACAACCUUGGUCCUUUGAGAGGUUGUUAGGAAAGGAAUUUUGGGAUGGAUCAUAAAAGAGAAAGUCUGUCUGAAGGCAGUGAUAUCGUCAUAUGACGGUUAAA